GGUCUGGGUGGGCUACCGAAGGAUUCAAGGAUGAAGCUCCUUUUUGUGGCUGCCUGUGCACUUUUUGUGCUCUGCACAUUUGAUAAUGCUGAUUCCUCAGCUUAUGACAAAAUUGUGGCCCACAGCCGCAUCAGGGCAAGAAAAGAAGGACCCAAUGUCUGCGCCCUCCAGGAAGUCAUGGGGACCAAGAAGAAGUACUUCAGCACUUGCCGUAACUGGUACCGAGGGUCCAUCUGUGGAAAGAAAGCGACUGUGCUUUAUGAGUGCUGCCCAGGGUACCAGAAGAUGGAGGGCAUGCGCGGCUGCCCUGCAGUUGCCCCGAUUGACCACGUGUAUGGCAGUCUGGCUCUAGUGAAGGCCAUUUCAACCCAAAAAUAUGCUGACGUUUCUAAGUUAAGAUCUGAGAUUGAGGGACCAGGAUCUUUCACCUUCUUUGCUCCCAGCAACGAGGCCUGGGAGAAUUUGGAUUCGACAGUGAGGGAGGCGCUGGUCAGCAAUGUCAAUGUUGAACUGUACAAUGCUCUUCAUUAUCACAUGGCCAACAAACGCCUCAUGACCAAAGACUUAAAGAAUGGAAUGAAAGUCACCUCAAUGUACAACGACCUUAAUCUCCAUAUUAACCAUUACUCCAAUGGGAUAGUGACGGUGAACUGCGCCAGGAUUAUCUACGCCAACCAGGUCGCCACCAAUGGAGUCGUCCAUGUCAUUGAUCGUGUCAUCAGUACUGUUGGAAACACUAUUCAAGAUACCAUCGAGGUUGACGAUGACUUGUCAACCCUGAGCGACAUAGCUCAAAAUGCUGGGCUGCUUGACAAACUGGGUCAGCCAGGACAUUACACUCUCUUUGCCCCCACCAACGAAGCCUUUGAGAGGCUCGGCGUCGAUGUGCUGGAAAGAAUUCAGAGUGACGAGCAGGCCCUUAAAGCUCUUCUGACUUUCCACCUCCUGGACUCAGUACAGUGCUCUGAGGCCAUCAUGGUCGGCAGCUCUUACGAGACCCUGGAGGGCAACAGCAUUGAAAUUGGCUGUGAUGGUGAAAGCUUGACAGUCAAUGGCGUCAAAAUGGUUCGCAAGAAGGACAUUAUCACCACCAACGGUGUCAUCCACAUUAUUGACGAAGUACUUGUUCCAGACUCGGCUAAGCAGGUAAUGGAACUGUUGGGAACUUCCCAGUCAACCUUUAGUGACAUGGUGUCUGAGUUGGGCCUUUCUGCUGACAUGAGAUCAGAUGCUGAGUACACUUUACUGGCUCCACUCAACACUGUCUUUACCGAUGAAGUAAUGUCCAUGGAUCAGAGCUUUCUCAGGAUUAUCCUGGAGAACCACAUCUUGAAGACUAAGCUGGUUCUGGAGCAGCUGUACAACGGCCAGCAGCUCGAGACCAUUGGAGGGAAAAUACUUCGGGUCUUCCUCUAUCGUUCAGCUGUGUGCAUCGAGAAUUCCUGCCUUAUAAGAGGCAGUAAAAAAGGAAGCAAUGGGGCCCUUCAUCUCACGAGGACUCUAUUGAAACCUGCAGAAAAAACUAUGUUUGAGAUUCUGACUGAAAACGGAGGGUUCAAGAUCUUUUUGUCUUUGAUGGAAGCUGCUGGCUUGACUGACGUGCUUCGACAGGAGGGAAGCUUUACUCUGUUUGCCCCUAAUGACAAGGCUUUUGCUGGGCUAAGUGAAAGGGACAUGACGUUCUUAAAGAAUGACAUAAAUGCACUCCGAACCAUCCUUCUGUAUCACAUCAAUAAUGGCAUCUUCAUUGGUGGUGGUUUGGAGCCCAGGGUGACAAACCUGCUCAAGUCUCUCCAGGGCAGCAACCUCAAAGUCAUAGUUGAAAACGACAGUGUGAAAGUUAAUUCUGUUCAAGUCCCCGAAGCUGAUAUGAUGGCCACAAAUGGGGUCAUUCACUUUAUCAACCAACUUUUGUAUCCUGAAGACAUCCCUGUUGGAAGCCAGGAACUUCUCAUGCUCCUGAGGAGGAUCAUCUCUUAUAUUCAAAUUAAGUACAUUUCUGGAUUCAAAUAUCAGGAAAUUCCUCUCACAUUUUUGAAGAGGACCAUCACUCGUGUCAUCCAGGAAGGUCCUGGGGUGACCAAAUUCACAAGGAUCAUUGAAGGCCAACCCUCCAUCUCCAAGGUUACAAGGGUCAUUGAAGGCCAACCCUCCACCUCCAAGGUUACAAGGGUCAUUGAAGGCCGACCCUCCAUCUCCAAGGUUACAAGGGUCAUUGAAGGCCAACCCUCCACCUCCAAGGUUACCAGGGUCAUUGAAGGUCAACCUUCCAUUACCAAGGUUACCAGGGUCAUUGAAGGCGAGCCAUCCAUCACUAAAGUCACCAGAGUGGUCUCUGGGCCUCAGUACUCAGUUGGCACUGGCACCAGCAACAUCGCCCUGGAAGAAGUUUCCACCAUUGAAGGGAGUGAACUUGACACAGCAACGCUUACCAAAGUCAUCCAAAAAGGCAGGCCAAGAGGAACUAAUCCCCGAAGAGUUUUAGCUGGCAACACGAGGAGAGGAAGGGACUGAGCACGAAUGGAUGAGAACUCGUCCCUUGUAAAAGCAGAAGGAGAUGCCAGACGCAGGGGUUAAAAGUGGUGUUUUAAUACAAGGGCUGUGCCUAAAAUGUCAGUGAUUUCAUACUGUAAGAGGUAUACCUGACAAAAAUAAAACUACUCUCAUAAACACUUUAAUGGUGCAUUGAAUGUACAUAAAGCAAGUUCAAGUGAACAUUUCAGCAUGAUUUUAAAUACACAAAAAUUCAAAGCAGCUAUAAAAUAGUCUGAAUGUAUUCAUUCAUUUUGAUUUACAAUAAAAUAUUUCAAUUUUAAGCUUCUCUAUGACUUUCUUAAAGAUGAUUAAAGGGGUUACGAGCUGCCUGGAAGAUUUCAAAAUCUAAGCAUGAUGACUGAAAAACUCAACGUGUUUUCUGACUUUAAUUGUAUUAUUUUAGAUUUCUCUGUGCAUAGUUUGAGGUGUCAUGUAAUUUUUGUCUGUCCUCUAUCAUUUGGAACGAUGUAGCUGAAUGCUUUUGGCUCCUUUCUAUUUUAUCAAACAUCUUCCAAUAAAGUGCUUUUUUUGAGAUAAACAUGCCAGUUUGAAAAGUGCAUGUGUGGAGACUUUGUCAUUU